CUUUUUACCCUCCCAUUUUCUCUCUCCCCCUCUCGGGGAAUAAAUUUAUGAGGGAGAAAGACAAGGACAAGAAGAAGAGGAAGAGGGAGAAGGUGAAGGAGAGGGGAAAAACCCACCAAGACGCUCUAAUCAGCUGUGUAAUUUGGUGAGAAUAAUACAAAAAGGGGAAGGGUGGUGGAAUGUAGAACCAACCCUUUGCGCAGGAAACUUGCCUGGUUUUAGGAACAACUCCAUUUACCCUGUUUUUCUCUCCAAAUUUCUCUUGUCUUUCUCUUUUGGAGAGGACUCUUUUUCUGUACCAGGGUGUUUCCAAUAUAAAAUUCCUCUCUGCCCCUCUGUUUAUAUAUGUCAUCAGGUUUUUAAUGCGUAUGUAUCUCGGAGGGGGAAAGAGGAAUAAGUAGACAAAGGGUAUAAACCCUUUUGAGAGCUUUUAGUCAUUUUUAGAGGGAGAAUUGAGAAUUGUCUAAGGAUACAAAGAGAAAAGAAGGUGCUUUGUGGGAGAAGGAGAAGUUGGGUCCUCAUGAUAUCUGAUGGGUAUUAUACUUCCAAGAAGAGUGAUGAUAUAUGUGAAGACGUUUGUGGCCAGCAGGCUUCCCCAACGUUCUUGAGCAUGUCAAGACUCCGGUGUUUCCUCCUGGAACUAGAUUUCAAGGCCAUUGUCUUUCUGUUCCUCAUUGUCCCAACUUUCAUAGUUAGCAUAUAUUUUCACGGGCAGAAGAUUUCCUACUUCCUUCGACCACUAUGGCAAUCGCCACCAAAGCCUUUUAUCUCCAUAACCCAUUAUUAUCAUGAAAAUGUUUCAAUGGAGACACUCUGCAAGCUCCACGGUUGGGGGAUUCGCGAGUACCCUAGACGUGUCUAUGAUGCUGUCUUAUUCAGUAACGAAGUCGACAUGCUCAUGAUCAGAUGGAAAGAGCUGUACCCUUACAUCACACAGUUUGUUCUGCUCGAAUCAAAUUCCACAUUCACUGCUUUGCCUAAACCCCUCAACUUUGCCAUAAAUCGGGAUAAGUUCGAAUUUGUUGAGCCUCGAUUGACCUAUGGAAAAGUUGGGGGAAGAUUCAGGAGAGGCGAAAACCCAUUCAUCGAGGAAGCAUACCAGAGACUUGCACUUGACCAGCUUCUUAGAAUUGCAGGCAUAGAAGACGAUGAUAUGCUGAUAAUGUCUGAUGUUGAUGAGAUUCCGAGCAGGCAUACUGUUGACCUACUAAGAUGGUGCGAUGAUAUUCCUCCCAUUCUUCACCUUCAGCUGAGGAACUAUUUGUACUCAUUCGAGUUUCAAUAUGAUCACCUCAGUUGGAGAGCUUCAGUGCACAGGUACCGGAGUGGGACAACUAGGUAUGCCCAUUACCGGCAAACUGACUACCUCCUUUCAGAUUCGGGCUGGCAUUGUAGCUUUUGCUUCCGCUAUAUCAGUGAUUUUAUAUUCAAGAUGAAAGCCUACAGCCACAACGAUCGGGUGAGGUUUUCGCAUUUCCUGAGCCCCAAAAGGAUUCAAGAUCUAAUCUGCAAAGGGGCUGAUUUGUACGAUAUGCUGCCUGAGGAGUAUACAUUCAGGGAUAUCAUCGGGAAAAUGGGUCCUAUCCCUCAUUCAUAUUCGGCAGUUCAUCUUCCCUCAUAUUUAUUGGAAAAUGCAAACGACUACAAGUACCUUCUGCCUGGGAAUUGCAUAAGAGAACAUGGCUGAGAAUCGAGGAUGGAAACUGGCACAUUUUCUUUACACCGGACAUGAAGAUUAUAUGAUGCACCAAGGAGGAGAACAGGUAAACCCGUGUAAAUCAAUCUAGACAAGAAAGCUAGAAAGGUGUUGGGAAUCAAAUCUAGACUGGAGAGCUAGAAAGAUGUUGGGAAUGAGUUAAACUCGUGUUUGCCAGCUCCUACGAUUUCACGAGCUGUACAAGAGGAGAAGUUGAUUUGCAGACUUCUUCAUUCUGGAUUUUCUUUUAUUCUUUUUCACUUUUACUCUUCAUCUGAGACUAAUUUAUUAGUGUAUCCUUGAUUUCUAACAUGACCCUGUCAGGACCAUUAGAGAUGCUAACAGUAAUCCAAUUUUAGAUAAUAUCUUUUGUUUCUUCGAUCG